GGUACGUGCACGACGUUACGACCAAGACGAUCACUACCGCGAUGAACGACGAGAGGAACGGGCUUAUACGCGACCUAAGAUCAUCAUGGCCACGUUCACGGGAGUAGAUCCGGAUGCAUGGUUGAGCCGGGCAACACAGUAUUUCGAGAUCAAUGAUGUGCCAAGGUAUGAAAGAGUUCAAUUUGCUGCCUAUCAUCUCGAUGGAAAAGCAAACGUGUGGUGGCAGUGGAUCUUGCACAAAAAUCAUGACGAGCACAUGCGUUGGAGGGAUUUUGAAAGGGAGCUCAUUACAAGGUUUGGUUCUAGUGUCUAUUACGAUUACGAUGAAGCUCUAUCUAAAAUUAAGCAAGCUGGUAGUUUGUGGGACUAUCAAAGGGAAUUUGAGCGCAUUGCUAGUAGGGUGCGGAAUUGGCCCGAGAGUGCGCUAGUUGGGGCAUUUGUUGGAGGGCUAAAAGUCGAAUUGGUGGCUGAGGUGAGAAUGGAUAGGCCAAGAUCGAUGCGAGCAUCCAUGGAGUCGGCAAGGUUGCACGAGGAUCAUCUCGCAGCGGUACGCAAGGCAAGGCCGAGCGGCGUGCGCGGGGAGCCUAGGCGCACGCACGUCGCGACCGAGGAGCAGGUACCACGGACCGAGAGGAAGUCGUUGGGAGAGGUGGUGCUAACAACGAGCAAUGUGCUUACAGACGACGAGAUGCAACGACGAAGGGAAAAAGGCCUAUGCUACACGUGCAAUGAAAAAUUUACGCCAGGCCACAAGUGCAAAGGUAAGGAAGUCUUUUUGUUAGAAUUUGAAGAGGAUUAUGUUGGUGAGGAGGAAAAGCCACCGGAGGAGUCUUUGUUGCAUAUGGUUAAGUGCAAAAAGCAUGGCCCGAGGAUGAUCACAUUCACAGCUGAGAUUAGAGGUAAAUUGGUGGAGGUAUUGGUUGACAGCGGAUCUACGCUGAACUUCAUUGAUGAGGAGCUAUCCAAAGAGAUAGAGAUUCCAUUCACAAAGGUUAAGCCUUUUGGAGUCAAAGUAGCCAACGGAGAAACACUUCGAGGAGAUAUUCUCUUCAUAGUUGUAAAGAUGGAAGCCCAAGGUCAGAGAAUAAGAGUGGAUCUGUAUGCCUUGCCCUUGAAGGCGACUGAUAUAGUACUUGGAUGCCAAUGGUUGGAGACUAUUGGUCCAAUCACAACUGAUUAUUGGAGGGGAACUAUGGAGUUUGGGCGAUCAA